GUCUGCUUUUCACUUACACCGCGUUCGGUUGGACGGGGACGCUCGCUCCUCGAAAUAAAUAAAUAAUUUUAAGAUAGCAUUUAAAACGAAAAUAGUUGGUUAACAGUGAAGCUACAGUAACAUUAGAAGUGUGCAUAUGAAAUUUGUGUGAGAAGAGUGUUUGCAUAAUCUUCGUACACAAAAACACACACAGCUAAAAGUUGAUUGCUUAAAUAAAUGCUGCCAUAAAAGUAGCGUCGUCCCCGGGCAGAGCAGAAUAAAACAAAUCAUUGAAUUGCGCUGCUAACAAAUGAAAUGCAAGUGAAAAUGCAAAUGCAAAUCAAUUGAAAAGGCGCAAAUAAAGCAAUAACUGGCUGCUGUUGGCGACAAAAGUGAAAACUAAUUGAAAUUGAAAGCGGUUGCAUUGGAAUAGCAAAUUAACACAUUUCGGAUUUGGCAGACGAUAAAAGCAAAUUUACUGUGGUGCAAAAUGUCAAACACUGAAGACAGCGAGCUGGACCCGCAAAUUCAGAUUGAACUAGAGAAUCUCAAUAGUGCUACAGAUGAGAUUAAUAAAUUGGAAAUCGAAUUGGAGGAGGCAAACUCAACAUUUCGCAUACUUUUAAACGAGUCCACGCGGCGCCUUAAACUCUCCUCGAAGAAGUUGGGCAACUGCAUAGAGAAGGCGCGUCCCUACUAUGAUUCGCUCGACAAGGCUCGCGAAGCACAAAUCGAGUGCCAGCAGGCAGCAGUCAAGUUUCAGCGCGCCAAUGAGAUCCAUGCCGCAGCCAAGGAGACAGUGGCGUUGGCCGAGCAGCGUUUCAUGUCCAACUCACACGAAUGGCAAUUCGACAAUGCCUGGCAGGAGAUGUUGAAUCAUGCCACCCAAAAGGUAAUGGACGCAGAGAAACAGAAAGCCGAUUGUCAUGCCGAACAUCAACGACGCACACGCCUCUUUCAUGCCGCCGAACAGAAGCUGCAGCAGCUGGAAGAUCGCUUCAGGCGCAGCAUCAACAAGUCGCGUCCCUAUUUCGAGGAGAAGCAGGUCUGCCAGGACCAACUACAGACACAAAAGAACCGCAUACAGGAGCUGCAACAGCAGGUGGGAUGUGCCAAGUCGACAUAUUCCACAGCGCUGCGAAAUCUCGAACGCAUCAGCGAAGACAUACACAGACAGCGCGGCGAUUAUCCAACGUUAAGCGCCUCUCCGCCACCGCCCGGAACGCGAGAGCCAGGCGUGGGUGCUGAACUGAAUACACCCACCUCCAGUGCAUUGCCAUCGCUGCCCGACUUCCAGCUGGAGCUGGAGAAAUGCGACUAUCCAUCGAUAGCAGGCAGUCAAAUGUCACUCGGCGCCACACUUGUCACACAAUCCUCCACGGUGGAGACCGAGGAUGAGGCCGAGGAUGACAAUGUCUGCGACUACGAUGAGUCCACCACGUUGGGCAAUGAUCUGCGCGGCAUCGUUGACGAACGCCAACUGGAGGCGUUGCGGCAAAAGGUUAAGAUCUUGGCAGUGCGUCCCAUUGAGGGUGGCGACGGUCAGCAGCAGAAUGAUGUGUGGGAACACGAAUUGAAGGCCACUGUCGAUAAGCUGGAUCAUCUGAUGAUGCUUAAGGAAGCGGCCAAGCAUCAGCAAACCGAGCGCGCAAAAUCCACAGAAAUGCGACCUGUUUCACUGGGCGCCGAGGCGCUGAAACGACACACUGAUGUCGACGAUGUGGAUGCCAGGGAUGUGAUCAUCAAGAUCACUGCACCCGCCACCUCAGUUGCCCACAGCCUGCCCGUUACGCCACAGCACCAGACCAGCGGUGCGGCGACUUCCAUAAAGAAGCUGCAACAACAGUUGGCUCCGCUGCCAUCGGUGAAUGUUUCCAUGCGCGAGUUGCCACUGCUGGCGAGGCUCUCGAAUGAGUUGCUCGAUCGGAGCAGUGCUGCCAUGGGCAGCGUACGUCGCCAAUUGAGGCGUCGUUCCCUCGAAUAGCAGCAGCAAAUGCUUCAGCAGCAUCAGCAAGGAUGGUCGAAAAAGAACUCAGCAGUGGAGUCGCGUAUAUCAAAUUCUAAGUUUGUUUAUAUUAAAUGAAUUGUAUUGUAAAUCGUGAAGAAGUGAAUGCCGCAUUUAAGUUCACACUGAAUAUUAAGUACACAAUGCCUACAUAAAUGCAAAAGCAAACAAAAUAUAUAAUAUAUAUAGCAUACAUCUAUUUUCGUAUAUAAACGUAUCGUAAUUGUUGACUUAUAUUGAGUGUCCUGUGUAACUGUUUUUUCAAAUUGUUAAUAUUACUCCUACACCUUAUGUCGUAUGUCAUCAUCAUAUAUGUGAUUUCUUAUAACGAAAAAUUGUAAUUUGUGCGCGAAUUGCAAAUAAACAGGCACUAUUUCAAUAAUCAGCUUUAAGUUAAUGUUUAAUUAUAAAAUAAACAACUACAAAAUGCCACUUACUAAUUAAAGAUUAAUGAAUGGGCACAUGCACUAAAUAGUUUAGCCUAAAAUACCACAUAAUUCAACAAUCGGCACUUGUGUGUGAAAAUGAAAAUCAAAUGAAAAAAUGAAUAAAAAACGAAUUCAAUUAGCCAUUUAAGUGAAAUUCUCAAAUAUUCGAAACGAGGUGAGAUGAUAAGCUACAUGUUAUAGUGCAAAACAAGUAAACAAGUAUUUCUGCAUAGUUAAAAUACAAUAUGAAAUUUGAAAAUAAAACUAUACAUUUUAAUUCA